CUGUCCCUGUGGAUCCUGGGAGCCAGAAGAGACAAGAGGAAUGAUCUGACCUGCUUGCCAAGGAAGCCCCCGAGCAGCUCCGGAGCCAUGGCAGAAGGACCUUCUGUUCCCGUGGCCGAGUGGCUCCGAGGUCUCCGCCUGGACCAGUACAUCGAGAUCUUUGAGCAGAACGAGCUGAGGUGCCUCCUGGAUUGCCAGCACCUGACCGACGAGGCUCUCACCCGCCUCGGGGUCCUGCUGCCAGGCCAUCGCAAGCGCAUCCUCUCGGGCCUGAUGAAGGCCUUCACCGAGUCUCCGUCCACCACGGAAGGUCCCCGGUUGCCGCCCAGGAGGCCGAUCCCCAUGAAACGCAACAUCUUCCGCUCUUGCUCGGGGACAGUUGCUUCCCUGCCAGAGCAAGAGGCCAAACGUGACUUGGCAGUGCCAAGCGGCAAGGGGUCGCCCCCGGACCGGGAGUUGGAGGUCCCUGUCAUCCUCCCGCUUGUUCCACCCCCUAUCCCUCCAAGGACAAGCUGCCACCCGCCGGUGAAGUUCUCUGCUUCUCUCCCGGAGCCUCCUGGGGACCCUUACCUGGAUUUGCCUUUCCCUUUGCGUUGCCCUUCUCCGCAGCCGGCUGGCGAGAGACUCAGCCCCACCUUUCCGGAGGAGGCGGCCAAACCCCCACUGCCCCCUCUGCCUGCCAAGCGCCACCAGCUGGAAAGCAAGCCCUCCGCCCAGAAAGCACCACCAGUACCCUCGCGCCCACCCACGUUGCCUCCCCGAGUCGUGCAGCAGAAAGGAGCUCCAAGGAUGGACGAAAGGUUGACCAACGGUUGCGAGGAAAAAGGGCAGGAUGUUCAAGUCAGAGGUCGAAAAGGCAGUUUGUAUGGCAAGAAGGAGCUCGAGACGAUUCAAAAGCCUUUCCCGGGCAAUGUGUCAGAAGCGUACAGAGGGUGUGGGAGCAUUGACCGCCGUGGUUGGCCUCUUGCCUUCCGGCUUCUGACACGUUCAACCGAGUUCUUUCCAGGAAGCCUUGAACCAGGAAGUGCCCAGAAAGCGAGCAGCGGUGCGCAUGCCCCUGUGUCGCCAAGCCGUGGUGCCCCCGAGAGAGGCUCUCCUGGCUGGCCCCCUUCCCGCCCCCGCCCCAGAUGUGCGGGCUGUCUGCCUUCUGCCCGGAGGACGCUGAGGGCCGCCUCGGAGGGGGCAGCUGAUUCCCGAGGGGGCCUGCGCCUUGCCGUGGCCCUGCCAGCCUCGGGGGGCCGGCUGGCCUGCGAGGGGAAGGUGGCUGUGUGGCUCCCCACCCCUGUUCCCAGUUCUCCUGCAAAAGAGAAACCUCCAGAAUCUGAGGACCUGCACAUCAUACCCCCCACCCUUCUUCCACGAGCCAAGUUACCAGAACAGAAUACAGGCCCCGAGAUCCCUCCAAAGCCACCCCUCCUGUUGCAUCCAGAGUUUGAUGAUUCCGAUUAUGAGGAGCCCCCAUUUGAGGAGGAGAGAGAAACUUUUAUGGAAGAAAUGACUGACAAGGAGGCCACACCGGAGACACGGCGCUCAGUCCGGCUCAACAGCCUAUUCAGUGAAGACGAGCUGAUUGAAGAUCAUUUCAAAGAGGAAACAGCCACUAACUCCAAGAACGACUUGCACUUGGUGGAAUCACCUGAGUCUCUGUUUUGGGGUCUCGCCCUUAAUAUCCUGCCUGGAGGCUUCCUCACCCUGCCUGCCUUCUCUCUUGCAGCUGAACGCAACGAGUGGAUGAAGGCUGUGCAGAAGAUGGUGGAUGAAAAGAAGACCAAGUGCUUGCACAGAGCGCCCCGUGUCCAGCUGGCCAGCAGCAGCUUUGACCCCGUGGACAAGAGUGGACUCCUGGAGCUACGGGGCUUUAAAAGCAAGCUGUACGUGGUCGUGGCUGGGGAGAAGGUUUUCCUCUAUAAGAACGCAGAGGAGUUCCGGCUGGGCAUUGGAAUCACCUACAUCGAGAUGAACGUGGGGAACGUGAAGGAUGUGGACAGGAGGUGCUUUGAUCUGACGACGCCCUACCGGAUCUUCAGCUUUGUUGCUGAAUCCGACCAGGAGAAAGAGGAAUGGGUGGAAGCGAUGCAGCAGUCUGUUGCUGAGGCCCUCUCCAACUUUGAGGUGGCCGAGAGGAUCUGGGCCGUGGAGGACAACUGCUUCUGUGCUGACUGCAGGGCCCCCAAGCCAGACUGGGGCUCCAUCAACCUCUGCGUGGUCAUCUGCAAGCGAUGUGCAGGGGAACAUCGAGGGCUGGGACCCAGCGUCACCAAAGUGCGGAGUCUCAAGAUGGACAAAAAAGUCUGGACGGAGGAGCUGAUCGAGCUCUUCCUCCAGAUCGGCAACGCGGUGGCCAACCAGUUCUGGGCCGCCAACGUCCCCCCCAGCGAAGCCAUCCACCCCCUGAGCGACAGCCAGGAGCGGCGGCAUUUCCUGGUGGCCAAAUACCGGGAGGGCAAAUACCGCCGGUAUCACCCGCUUUUCGGCAAUCAGGAGGAGCUCAACAAGGUUGGUGGCUGGGUGGCACGUGGGCUGAAGCUCGUCUGCCUGGGCCUCUGCACGCAAGCCAGUUGGGUUGGGCGUGGGGUCCUGGGGAGCAGGGAGGAGUCGUCUCAAACAGAGCCGUGGCAUGGAUAUUCAUGCCCAAAGAAUUCUACAGCGAAGGACCCUUUGGGGGGCAGUAGCAUGGAUUUUGAAAGAAGGGGCCGGUCCUGCCGUUGCCUGCUGAGAUGUCUCCUGGAGCGUCAGCCACCGCCUGACGUCCAUUUGCCAACCUUUUCCUUGUGUCUCGUGUUUUCAGAGACCCCUCAGCUGGAUGCUGGCACCGAUUCUGACAGGUGCUACUCGGUCAUCUUGCUCUCCGUUGCCCACAAUGGCUUCCUGUACAAAACUCCCUCCAUGGCCAAGCUGGUUCACGAACGAAAAUCCCGGGAAGAAUUCAGCCGCCGCUGGUGCCAGUUGCAUGAGGGCAUCUUCAGCUACUACGAGAGCAACACCAACACCGUCCCCAACGGAGAGAUCAGGAUGCAGGAAAUUGUGUGUUUGGCAACUAACCCGCCGGACACACACGGGUUUGCAAACACUUUUGAGAUGUACACUGAGACGGAGAGACUCUACCUCUUUGGCCUGGACAGCCCCAAGGCCAUCAGGGAGUGGGUCAAAUGCCUUGCAAAGGCUUUCAUCCCUCCUGCCGCAGAAGGUCUGCUGAACCAGGAGUUUGAGCGUCUCGGGCGGCUGCGCUACAAGGGCGGCCUGAACCUGGAGCGGGCCAAGGAGGGCUGGUUCGCCCUGGUGCAGUCCACCCUCUACGCCUUCCUGGAGGGCAGCGAGAAGGAGGAGGUCAUCCAGCUGCGGAAGCUGCAGGAGCUCUCUCUCGAAAAUGAUGUCCUCGUCCUGGUGGAAAGGAGGAGAACGCUCUACAUCCAAGGCGAGAGAAGACUGGACUUUAUGGGUUGGGUGGGGGCCAUCCAGAAAGCAGCUGGCAGCUCCGGGGACACCUUGUCGGAGCAACAGCUCACGGAGAUGGAUAUUCCCAUCAUUGUGGACCGAUGCAUCGAUUAUAUCACCCAGUGCGGACUGACCUCACAAGGCAUCUAUCGGAAAAGCGGGCAGAACUCCAAGACCACCAGCCUGCUGGAAAUGCUCCGGAAAGAUGCCCGCAAGGUCCGUCUCAAAGAGGAAGAUCACCAGAUAGAUGAUGUCGCCAACACCCUCAAGCGGUUCUUCCGGGACAUUGAAGAUGGACUCUUCACCAAAGACUGCGCCCAGGCCUGGCUGAAAGUCCCAGCCCUAGAGGACACUGCCGAAAGGGUCAGCCGCUACCGUAGGCUCCUCAACAGCCUCCCGGCCGUCAACAAAGCCACGGUGAAGGCACUGAUCAACCAUCUCUACCGCAUCCAGUGCUUUUCGGACGAGAACCAGAUGACCACCCACAACCUGGCUAUUGUCUUUGGGCCAACGCUCUUCCAGACGGACGGCAAGGACUACAAGGCCGGGCAAGUGGUGGAAGAUCUCAUCAGAUGCUACAUGGAAAUCUUCAGUGUGGAUGAGGAAGAGAUGAGGAAGCAGCAAGAGGAGAUCCGGGCGAUCUUGAAGAUGCGCAUCGCGGGCUCAUCCAGCGGGACCCAGCAGGCUGGUGACUUCAUCUGCACGGUGUACCUGGAGGAGAAGAAGUUGGAGGCAGAGCAGCACGUGAAGAUUCCUGCCACAAUGACGGCAGAAGAGCUGACUUUCAAAAUCUUGGACCGGAGGAAAAUCACCACGAAGGAGAAGGAUUUCUGGAGCUGCUUUGAAGUCAACGAGCGAGAAGAGGCAGAACGCCCCUUGCACUACAGCGAGAAGGUCCUUCCCAUCGUGCACAGCCUGGGGAAGGACAGCUACCUGGUUGUGAAGAAGCAGCUGUCGAUGGAGAACAUGCUGCUUUACUUGGCCAGCAAGGCGGGCGACAGCAAGCACGGCAUGAUGAAGUUCAGGGAGGAGAAGAACGUGCUCGGGGUGGGGCUGAGCACCGGCUUCCACGACCGAUACUUCAUCCUCAACAGCCACAACCUCCGUCUCUACAAAGAAGUCCGGAGCCAUAAGCCCGAAAAAGAAUGGCCGGUGAAGAACCUGAAAAUCUACCUGGGGAUUAAAAAGAAAGUCCGUCCGCCCACUUGCUGGGGCUUCACCGUCUUCUUUGAGAACGAGAAGCAGGAGAAGCAGCAGUGGUACCUCUGUUGCGACACCCAGAUGGAUAUGCGGAUAUGGUUUGCGACCUUCCUCUCCGUGCAGCAUGGAGGCAACAUCUGGCCUUCGGAGUCCUCCAAGAUCCGGACACCCCAGACGCAACCAGAUUCCCGGCUGGGUAACAUCUCACUGAUUCCCCUGCGAGGCAGCGAGAAUGAGAUGCGGAACAGCGUGGCUGCCUUUGUGGCUGACCCCCUGACGGUUGGACAGCGGAGGACAAGACCAGGGAAGGGCAGCCCAGAAAGCGAAGGGCUGGUCUGGUCCAGCAGGGUGGGGAGGGAGGGAGGGGUGCCCAGAAUCAAAGACAGCCUUUUGGUGUCCCUGGAAGACCCAAGGCAGCAGCAGUGACCCAUGCAACAAGCGGGGGUUUGCAGAGAGCCCUGGACCUGAAGCAGGUUGUCGAAGCCAGCGGGAUCGAGAUGGGCCUCCAGCCACGGUUUGCCACCUUCCUCGCCUGCAGCCUGGACCCUGGCUUCCUGGGGGCUUUGUUCACCCCAAAAGCUCCCCCAAGACCCUUCCUGCCCUUCCGUCAUCUCUCGUGGAUGUUUGAUAGAAAGGAUGCUGAGCUGGGUUGCAUAGUCUGGGUUUUACCAGUAACUUGAACUUUUGCUGGAGACAAGGAUGUUCUGGGUGGAAGAGGACCCCCUUUGCUUCCCCAGCAGACCGAGCUGAGUGGGGAGGAAGACCAUGGAGGCCCCCUUUUUCUGCCUCUCAGCGGGGUGUUUGUGGUGGCUCUGAAGGGGCCUGCUGCCACACCCAGCAUUUCAGCUCCUGCCCCCUUUUCUCCCUUUCUGGACCCGUGAAACCCUUCCAUGGGGCACGGAGAGCAGGAGGAGGGAAGCUGCUUCCGGCAGGAUGACCGGCCAAAACCAGCCUCUGAUGCCUCCCCCUUGGGGUCCCCGCUUCUGCACCCACCUCUCUUCUGCUGCCCAUCUGGAAUCACCUGGAGGAAGGAGACACGGAGAGCAGCGUGGCUGGUUCAGGCCCGGCGGUCCUGCGAGGCAGGGGACCAACACUGCUGCUGGGGGGGGUUCUCUCUGUCCCCUCCUCCAGAUGGGACAUCAGGGACAGAAAGCCCAGCUUGCUCGGGUGCUGUGAAAAGGGAUGGGCGCCAUCUUUUCCAGACAAUGUAUUUUCUUCUUUUUGUAAUCAGAAUAAAUUUAUCAGAAGGA